AUGAAUAUUGAAGAAAUUUUACCUGAAUUAUUUGGCGAAAAACGUGUAUACUAUUGUCAACGUUGCUUAAAUCAUGGUUUAAAGAUAAAACGGAAAAAUCAUAAAUCAGAAUGCGCUUAUCGAUUUUGCAUAUGCAAUGAUUGCCAGAUGGUUGAUAAGCGACGAGAGCUAAAUUCACGACUGUUACAAAUUGAAAGUAUUUCACCACCACCAUCAUUACCACCACCACUUCCACCAUCGCUACUACAAUCAUCAUCAUUACCACCAUCAUCAUCAUCUUUCUCCUCCUCCUCCUCCUCCUCCUCCUCAUCAUCAUCAUCAUCAUCACUAUCAUCAUCAUCAUCAUUGCCAUUAUUAUCACAAUCAUCAUCAAAUGCUAAUUUUUUAACAACAACGGUUCCUCUUCUGCCGGAUAUGGGCAUAUUUUCAACACCAGAUCAAGCUAUAUCACCACCUGCUAUGAAGGGAAAAGAAAGGCGACCAAAUUGUCAACGUUGUGCGCAGCAUUCAGUAUUAGCACGAUUAAAGGGACAUAAGCGUUGUUGUCCAUUUCGAGAUUGUCCAUGCGCUAAAUGUCAAGUUGUUCAAGAACGACAAAAACUUAUGGCUGAUCAGAUAAAAUUAAGAAGACGACAAAAGAAACAGAAAAAUUUGGAUGCAUUAAGUGAUAGCGACAAUUUGCGAAAUAAUAUAAGCCUUUCCGAGCAGCAUGGUGCAUUAUUUAGUGGUUGUUUGAAAUGUGCCCAACAAGCAUUGGCUUAUCAGCAAAUUUUAACAUUCAUCGAUCCAACUGCAACCCUUCAACCAUCAACAUUUUCAGCUAUCCUUGCAGCCUGUCCACAUAGCAACAAUAAUAGUAAUUAUAACAGUAAUAGUUAUAAUAAUAAUGAAAAUGAUGAUAAUAACAAUAAAAAGAAUCCUUAUGAUAGUAAUAAUAAUAAAAACAAUAAUGAUAACAAUAAUAAUUAA